CCGGUGCCCGCUCUUGGGUUUGGACUCUGACAUGGUGGGGCUUCCAGUCCUCGCUGGGCUCUUUCCGGCGUCUGAUGGAGGGGCUGUCCUCUGGGAGGACGCAGUAGGUGGGAUCGGCUGCUGGAUCGGUGGCGGGUUGUGACGGUUGGGGUGGUACGGUGUAUGAACGCCUGUUUUUGAAGGCUUGGAUCUUAUACGCGUCUUUCCCCAUUUGUUGAACAAUUCUGCAAGGUGCUCUAAUUGGUUUGGGCUGAAUGGACACAGUGGGCUUGCAAGACAGACUUUUAAAGAAAUAAGUACUACACAGGAUAAGGCGCUGAGAUAAAGGACUGGGACUAGGGUAAGGUGAGUUAGGCGCAGAAUGUAAAACCCGUGCCAGACCUGUUGCCGUCGCGUCGAUUCCAACUCAUAGCGACCGUACAGGACAGAGUAGAACUGCCCCGUAGAGUUUCCAAGGAGUGCCUGGUGGAUUCGAACUGCCGACGUUUUGGUUAGCAGUUGUAGCACUUAACCACUAUACUGCCAGGGUUUCUGCUGAAUGUAAGGGGUUGCCAAAAAUUCAUAAUUGACAAAUGUCAGAGUUUUUACUAAAGACAGGUUCAGUAACAGUGCUGUGCUGAGCCAUAUCAGAACCUGAGGCAAAAGGAAUAAUCAGUAAUACUGAUCCUGUGAGUGACUCCCUGCGUGGUGCAAACGGGUCAUCACUCUUGGCUGCUAACCAAAAGAAUGGCAAGCUUGGAGGUUCUAGUCAGAAGAAAGGCCUGGUGGUCUACUUCUGAAAAAUCAGGCUGCGGAGCACAGUUCUACUCUGACACACAUGGGAUUGCCAUUAAUCAGAAGCGACACCACAACAGCUGGUUAAUUGGCUGGAUUCUGUGAAUAAAAUUUGCCAGAUGGGGAAGGGGUGAGGAUAUUGCAGGUGAGUAGGCCAGAGAAGCAAAGACAGGAAGAUGAAAAGAGCCUCUGGUUGGGUGAAGCUGGAGAGUUGAGUUCUUAGAGGCAUGGAGCAGUAGUUUUACUGUUCCUGUUAAGUAGUUAACUGAAGCCUAAUGCAUUCUGAUUUAUUAAUUAUGAAAUUUAAAAGGAUAUCGUUUUUAGAGCUUAGGGCUUUUUAUCUUGACCCCACAAAACAAAUAUUCUGUGUUAUAAGAUAUGACUACUGUUUAUCUCAGUAUCAAAGCCAAGUCCACAGAAGCACUAUACUGGUAUGUCUUUAAUGGACUCAGCUCAUUUUCUUUUAGAAUCAUCAGUAGCCUCCAUCCCAAGGAUCAAAAUCCAUGAAAUCAUCAGGUUUGUGCCUUGUAACACACAUGGAAAACAAAAGAAUGAAAAAGCGCUCACCUAGCUGGUGUUGCCUGAGCAUCUAGGCAAUUUUCCGGACUGUCAUCAUGGGUAUCCGGGGACUAAUGAGUUUUGUGGAAGAUCAUCGUAACGAGUUCUUCACUGAUUUGAAGUUGCGGGACACAAAAAUUAUCAUUGAUGGCUACGCUCUUUUCCAUCGGCUUUGCUUCGAUUCAAACUUGGAGCUCCGAUAUGGAGGGGACUAUGAUUCUUUUACAGAUGUUGUACAAGAAUUUUUUGAAUCACUGUUUGCUUGUAAUAUAUGUCCAUAUGUUGUAUUAGAUGGAGGAUGUGACAUUUCAGAUAAAAAGCUUACAACUUUAAAGGAUCGGGCUAGAGACAAAAUCCAGAUGGCCCAUUCUCUUUCUGCUGGUGGGGGUGGGUACGUGUGUCCCUUGCUCAUCCGGGAGGUGUUCAUACAGGUUUUGAUCAAGCUGCGGGUAUGUUUUGUCCAGUGCUUCUCAGAAGCAGAUCGGGAUGUCAUGACACUUGCUAAUCACUGGAAUUGCCCUGUGUUAUCGUCAGAUAGCGACUUUUGCAUUUUUGACCUGAAAGCUGGGUUUUGCCCCUUGAGUGGCUUUCAGUGGAAAAACGUGAACACUAUUAAAGGCACACGAAACUACUAUAUUCCUGCCAUGUGCUUUUCCAUUGAUGCGUUCUGCCAUCACUUCAGCAAUAUGAAUAAAGCUCUACUACCUCUCUUUGCGGUGCUGUGUGGAAAUGACCACGUCAGUCUGCCCAUCGUGGAGAAAUUCUUAAAUAAAAUACGUCUUCCUCUUGGAGCUACCAGUCCUAAGGGGAGGAGACACCACCGAGUUCUAGGACUUCUGAAUUGGUUGUCUCGUUUUGCUGGCCCUACUGAAGCACUAGAUAAUGUUCUGAAGUAUCUCCCAAAAAAGGAUCGAGAAAAUGUUAAGGAGCUUCUCUGUAGUUCCAUGGAAGAAUACCAGCAGUCCCUGGUGAACCUGCAGGACUUCUUCCAGUAUGGUGCUUAUGUCUGUCCAGCCUCCUUGAACCUGGGCUUACCAGAAUGGGUACUAGUGGCUUUGACCAAAGGCCAGCUGUCUCCUUUCAUCAGUGAUGCCCUGGUGCUAAGACGGACCAUUCUUCAAACACAAGUGGAAAACAUGCAGCAACCAAAUGCCCACAGAAUAUCCCAGUCCAUCCGGCAAACUAUCUACGGGCUUCUUUUGAAUGCUUCUCCACAUCUGGAAAGCAUGUCCUGGAAUGCAUCGCCUGCUCAGCCGCCAGCUGUCAGUGAAGUGGAAAGGAUUAAUAAAAAUAUCAAAACAUCAAUUGUUCAUGCAGUAAAACUACCUAAGGAUCAUUCUGAUUUAAGCAAAUUGACUGAGCUUUCCUUGGAUAAACGGGAGAUGCUUCUAUUAGAAACCCUGAAGGUGAAACGGACCAUUCUGGACCCAAUCCCUCCUUCGUUGAGGUUGCCCAUUGCUGUCAGUUGCUACUGGUUGCAGCAGACAGAGGCCAAGGCAAAGCUGCACCAUGUACAGGCCUUACUGCUGGGGAUGCUGAUGGGACCCUUGCAUGCCAGAACCGACAGCCCUGGUAAGGAAGAUGUGAGGGACGAUGGUGCCGAGAUGUUGUGUAAAGAGUUGCACAGAGUGAAGGCACAGACCCGGCUGAGCAGGGGUGUGGAUUUAGACACAGCUCACGUCUUCUGCCAGUGGCAGUGCUGUCUGCAGAUGGGGCUGUAUCUCAAUCAGCUGCUCUCCACUCCUCUCCCAGAGCCAGACCUAACUCGAUUGUACAGUGGAAGCCUGGUGCAUGGACUAUGCCGAGACCUACUAGCAUCAACAACCUCUGGGGAAAAUCUCCUGAGCAUGUGUCCUGAGGCAAAGCAACUUUAUGAACAGCUGUUCAGUGCCUUGCAGUCCUAUGCUCCUCCUGAAUUAUUCCUACCAAAGGGUAAAUCAAAUUCAAAAAAGAAAAGGCAGAAGAAACAAGGUACCAGUGGGCCAAAGACUAGAGUGAGAACCACCUCAGGUACGAAGUGUUGGCAUGAGAGAAGCAAUCGAUUUGGGCUGUUGAUGGUUGAAAACUUAGAGGAGCAUACUGAGACCUCAGAGCUUGAAUAAGCUCAGUCUGCAACCAGAUGUGUAAUUAAUUCUGACUUAAAAUUUUCCUGUUACUUCCGUUGAAAUGAUUAACUCUUCUCUUUGGCACUAACCUGUUAGGGGAUUAACAACACAGCAGGUAAUCUUUGAACUCCAAGAUAUUUUGUAUUGAUUUUAAUAAAUACAAUCUGAUUUAAGAAACUUUUGUGUUUCUUAAACAUGUCUGUGAUCCUCCAUCCCAUCCCAGUGAUAAUAUUCUACAGCCUUUGAACUGCAGCGACUCAGCCAACUGUCUUUUCAGAGUACGAAUCCUUCUGUUAUUUCCUCUAAGUAGAAGUUGAGUUGUUACCAUUUCAAAAUUUUUACAAAACAGAUUCCUCUUCAUAUGUUAGUAUGAGAGGGCGGAGCCAU